CCUAAGUAAGCGUUUCCGUUUCCGGGUGCGUCUCGUGUCUUGCAUGCAUCUCAGUGUUUGUGUCGCAUCUUUCGUCUGAUUUAGCAAGUUAGUUCGACUUUAGCGCAGAUUUUGAGACACCAAAGUAAAGACUAGAUACACAGGCUCAUUCCAGGAUGAGUACGUGCGUGCGCGUGAGGCUGCGGUUUGAGCAGACGCCACCGGUGGUGUGCGGGUCCGGGCCGGGAGCCUGGCUGUUGGUGGACAUGGACUCCUGCCGCCUGGUGGCAGACCUGGAGUUCCUCAUCAAGCGGCGCUUCGGCCUGAGCAAGAGGCGGCGGCUCCACCUGUGGAUGGACGGGUUCCUGCUGCCGCCAACAGAGAAGAUAGCAGUGGUUCGGGAUGGAGAUGUCAUCAGUGUUGAACAGACAGAAGAGGCAGUGAGUGAGGACCGCUCCAUCCCAUUAACAUCUGAUAAGCAGGUGACCACCAGUGAUAGGAGGCAGAAGAGGAAAGCACAGACAAGUGAGGAAGAAGAGGAUGAGCCGGAUACAGCCAGACUCAGGGCACAGAACAAAGACAGAAAGAGGAAGAAGCCAAAGAUAAACGGCAGUGACAGUGGAGUCAGCACUAGUUCUUCUGCUAUGCCAGUAGCUGCUACAAAAACAAAAGGAGUUCAAAAGCCACAGAAAAAGAGGAAUGAAAAAAAGAAUAAGAAUCCUGGAAAGCCAAGCCAAGUAGUCUCUUCACUCCCUAAAGCUAGCGUACCUGGAAACAAAAGAGACAUUUCUAAAUCUUCUACAUCCAAGUGUUCUGCUAUCAAUGGAGGUAAACAAACUGGUACCAAGAUUGUAAAACCCGUGACAACAAAGUUGAGAGGAAAUGUAGUAAAGGACUCAAGUAGCAGCAGCAGUUCAGAUGACAGUGACUCUGACAGCGACUCAAGCAGCAGUGAUUCAAGUUCAAGUGCCACCAGUGUUGAAGUCAAGCUGAGGACCAGUGUCCAGACAAAGACAUGCAGUAGACCAGGGCCAGUUAGCAACCCUCAGCAAAGGAAGAAUAAACCUGCCACAGACACCAGCAGCAGCGACUCCAGCUCAAGUGAUACAGAUGGUGAUGAUGUCAGUGUUGAUAAACGAAUACAUAGCAGAUAUGCUGCUGUUAGUAAACCUGUACAAGGGCAAAGCAACCCUAAACAGAAUGGGAAGAUCUGCAAUGCUGUACAGUUAUCUUCUAUUGGUGGGAACAUGUCACAAGCCUGUACCUCUGUCCCACAUGUAUCACCUACAGAACAGGCAGGUAGCACCAGAUAUGUCUCCACUGUGCUGACUGUACCCAUCACUCAGAGACUACAGGCAAUGACAACUGGGAAACAACAAGAAGCUUCAACCAGUCCACCUAAAGGGAAAGCUGUUGGUCCAGCAUCAAAGGGUCACAUUGUGUUUGGGUCAGACUCAGAGAGUGACUCAGGCUCCAGUGGGUCAGGUGGUGAGGGGGAGGAUCAACAGGUUGUUAACAGCCACACAGAUGUACCACAGACAAGCACAGCUCAAGUUCCUGAUCAAGCUAUUAACGUAAGAGAGAAAGAAGUCUUCCAGAGUAGAACCUGCCCCACCCCUAGCACCCCCACCUGUAACUGUACCUAA